AACCCUUUUCGGCUGCGCCUAAACCUAGUCGCCAACUUCCUCUUCCUCUUUCGAUCGAUUGCCCUUUUUCCUUGGCUUCCCUUCUUCUAAACCUAGUCUGCCAAGUUCUUGCUUGGUCGGUCCCGACACCAAUCAACUAAGGAUUCUUAUUUUCUUCUGUUUGUUGGGAAAAAUGAUUGAAUUUUAUCGGAAUUCUUCAAUUGAGUGGAAGCCCUCUCCUGUAGUAGCGCUAGCCUCCAGUGCCGAUGAUUCUCAGGUCGCAGCUGCCCGAGAAGACGGCUCGCUUGAGAUUUGGCUGGUGUCUCCUGGUUCUGUCGGGUGGCACUGUCAAUUGACGAUUAGUGGAGACCCUACUUCUAGGGUUUCAUCACUUGUCUGGUGCUCUGCCGGUUCAAAAGAUAGGCCUUUCGGUCGCUUAUUUUCGUCCAGCAUUGAUGGUUCAAUUUCGGAAUGGGAUUUGUUUGAUUUAACGCAGAAGUCUGUUUUAGAAUCAAUUGGCGUCUCCAUCUGGCAAAUUGCUGCAGCACCCUGUAGUACUCAUGAGGUUCACAGGGAGGAGGUAAAUCCCCAAGACACUGAGAACGGGCACGUAACUGACGACGAGAGUGAUUGCGAGAGCGAAGAUGAUUCUAAUUCAUCUGAGCUUCAUGUCCAAUCUAGUGAUGAGAAUCCCUCUCUAGCAAUUGCUUGUGAUGAUGGUUGUGUGCGUAUUUACAAUAUAUGUGAUGCAGAAGAGUUUAUCUACAAAAGAUCGUUGCCUAGGGUCAGUGGUAGGGUUUUAAGUGUAACAUGGAGCAAUGAUGCAGAACGGAUAUUUUCAGGGAGCAGUGAUGGAUUUAUUCGAUGCUGGAAUGCUAAUCUUGGACAUGAGAUCUAUAGGAUUACUGCAGGACUUGGAGGUUUGGGCAGUGAACCAGAACUUUGUGUAUGGUCAUUGCUUUCCCUUAGGUGUGGUACCCUUGUUAGUGCCGAUAGUACUGGUAGUGUCCAGUUUUGGGACAGUAAUCAUGGAACUCUUUUACAAGCACACACCCUACACAAGGGUGAUGUGAACGCACUUGCAGCUACCCCUAAUCACAAUCGAGUAUAUUCUGCUGGCUCUGAUGGUCAGGUUAUUCUCUAUAAGCUCUCUAACGAGAAUGUUGCAUCUAGUGAAGACAAGUGUUCUUCUGAAACGAUGAAGAAAUGGAUUUAUGUUGGUCAUGUUAGGGCUCAUACUCACGAUAUCAGGGCUUUGACUGUUGCAGUACCAAUUUGUCGGGAAGAGCCAUCACAAGAUGAAGAGGUAAAAAGAAUCCGUUAUAAGAAGAAGCCUAAUGAUUUUAGCUAUCGUAAAUGGGCCCAUCUUGGAGUUCCAAUGCUAAUGUCUGGCGGUGAUGAUACGAAGCUGUUUGCAUAUUCUGCUCAGGAAUUUACCAAAUUUUCUCCCCAUGAUAUAUGUCCUGCGCCGCAAAGGGUACCUAUGCAACUUGUACUUAAUACUGUUUUCAACCAAGCACCGUUAUUACUUGUUCAGGCUGCCCACUCUCUGGAAAUCCUGUGUAUUCGCCCAAAAAGUGGUUCCUUUGGAGAUAAGGCUUGUGGCCCUUCUAAGGGACAAACAAAGGCAGAUUUAUUGGUUCGAGUUAAGAGCAAGGCAUCUCGAAAGAUUAUCUGCAGUACUAUUUCCAAUUCCGGAAAGCUAUUUGCAUAUUCUGAUCAUACCAAACCCAACUUAUUUGAGUUGAAGAAAUCUGGUGGAAGCAAAUGUUCGUGGACUGUUAUUAGAAGGAAACUUCCAAAUAUGCUACCAUUUGCCCAUUCUAUGGUCUUCAGUUUUGAUUCUUCUCGAUUAAUCAUAGCAGGACAUGAUAAAAGGAUAUAUGUUGUGGAUGUGGGUAGUUUGGAAGUCUUACAUAGUUUUACGCCUUUCCGGGAGCUGCAGGAUGCUACAUUGCCACCCACUGAACCUCCUAUAACAAAAUUAUUUACAAGUUCAGAUGGGCAGUGGUUAGCCGCAGUCAACUGCUUUGGAGAUAUAUAUGUUUUCAAUAUGGAGAUUAUGAGGCAACACUGGUUCAUUUCAAGACUAGAUGGUGCCUCAAUUACAGCUGGAGGCUUUCCUCAAUGGAACAACAAUGUGCUCGUAGUCACUACUUCUUCAAAUCAGGUUUAUGCAUUUGAUGUUGAGGCCAAACAAUUAGGAGACUGGUCAAUGCGACAUACACAAGCUCUUCCAAAGAGAUUCCAAGAAUUUCCUGGGGAGGUUAUUGGUCUCUCUUUCCCACCAUCUGCCACCUCUUUGCCUGUUAUCGUGUAUAGUUCCAGGGCAAUGUGCUUGAUUGACUUUAGGAUGUCGGUGGACCAAGAUGAUGAAUAUGUAAUGAUAAGUGGACAAGAUUCAACGGUGAAGAGUUUAUGGGGUACUCCAAUAAAUGGGAAAUUGAAACGUAAGUUAAGAGACUGCCAAACAGAGGGUAGACCACAUGGUAGAAAGAAUUUUGAAAUUUUUCCUUUUAGAGAUCCUGUUUUACUUAUUGGACACCUCUCCAAAACUUCACUCUUGAUUAUAGAAAAACCAUGGUUAGAAGUGGCUAACACUUUCGAUGCCCCACCUGUGCACAGACAUAUAUAUGGGACUUAAGUCUUCAUAUUAAUGGCUUUUUUCUAGGAUAUAUUUGAAUGUUGGAAUCCACCAUUCUUUCUACGACGUCUCUCGAUUUCUACAAUUUUGUUCCGGGGAGGGGGAUAAUCUGAGCGUCUAAAGCAGUGUUGUAUUGUAUUAUUGAAUUUUUUCUUGAACUUAAAAGUAGUUCUUUUAGUCUAUAAAGCUCUUGAAUAUGCCCUUCCCUCCCCCGCCCCCUGUCCUAACAAAUAAAAAAUACCC